AUGCAUCGACUUCUUGCAUACGGCAAUGAGCUGUCGCUGAAGGUUACGCCGCUGUCUUCGACCUCAAUUCGUGAGGGCGCUCCGCGGCAUGCUGUUGGUAAACUCGUAAAGAAGAAAGCAAAGAAGCCUCAGCGACGUGUGCAGCUUGAGAAGAAAGCACGAAAAGCAUCACUAUUACGCAGAUUGAGUGGUAAAAGGGCCAAUAAUGAUAUAAUUCCGGGGAGCUCGUCUCAAAAGCAAACAUUCAUGCCGCGAUCGGUCUCAAGUCAGGAUGGAAUACAAUUAAGCAGUACUGUUAAUCCAGCCUCGACACUUUCGGUGAUACCACAAAUGAGUCCCGGUGGGGCGCAGUGUAAACGGCUCUCAGAUGCUGGGAUUCCGUAUAAAGAGGAAGAGAAGGUGGCUUCUGCCGCACCGUCGCUGUCGCUGACCUGUGCAAGCCGGCCAUCCACAUUACAGGGACUCAAACAUAAAAUGGCUGGCAUGGCGCAUCAUCUAACGGCGCGCAAGCCAGCGCCAGCACCAAUUGCAGUCAGCCCACUGGCCAGAGAUGAAAUCGCCACUGUUUCAAGGUAA